ACAAUAGAAAUUUAUUUCUGCAAAAGAAGCACAGCAUAUUAACAUAUUUCUUGAGAUAACAAGAAGGCAUCUGUGAACCAGAGAAAAUAUUUUUAAAAUUUAACAAUUAAAGAAGUGAUAAAAAAAAUAUUUAAAAAAGGAAGAAAAAUAACAACAACAACUGAGCGCACAACAAAAGUGUUUCAUAUCUUACAAAGAUUUUUUACAAAGUUAAAUUUUUUCUACAGCCGUGUUUUUUACACCUACAUUGUGACGUAUCAACAAACAUAUUGUUGGACCCGUAGUUAGUGUAUCUGUGUGUGGUGGUUUGGAUACUUGCGUGUUUUCAGAGUUCUUUUUUCCUCUUGCAAACCAAGUCCAGUCGGCCCCAGCACAAACAAACAAACAAACAAAACGGGCCAUCAUUAAACGAAGCAACAUUCAAACAAUCAAACAUCUGCACUAAUAGAGAGCCAGUCAGCUGGUGAUUUUAAUCCUUGCCGCCUGCCUAGAACAUCCUUUGCGAAAUUUCUUUCGGUAACUCAACACGCAGGCAACAGCAGUAGAAAAUCUUUCCUGCCGGUUUGUACACGUCAUUCCUCUCUGAGCCGGAAAGAGGGAGCAGUGCAAAGAAGUGCCGACUUGAGGUAGUUAAGUGAUUGUGUUUUGGUGGUGAUUGCAUUGCAUUGUGUGAGCUGCCGCUGCCGCCGACGACACCAAUCCUACAGCGCUAGAGAAAAGAUAUAUAGCACAGCAAACUUGUCGGCAACUACGUCGUAGUCGUCGUCGUCUCUUGGAAGUGUUGCGAUUUUAUAUCUGAAAAAAUACAAGUUUGUCAGUCACCGUCACUAUAUUCGGUCAGUGUGUAAGCGUGUGUGUUUGUGUGUGGAACAUUCCAAAAAAAGCGAAAAAGAAUUGUGUUGUUUGAAAAGCAAUAAUUAAACGCAAAAAAGUAGAAGAAUAAAAAAAAAAAACAAAGAAAUUCCAAAACAAAACUAGGUGAAUUAAAAUCAACCCCCCGUCCUCCCCUCGUUGUUGCCGUUGCUCUGCUGCAAAGAAAUGCAAAGUUAUGCAGAUGAAUGCUUUCGAAGCUAUGGCUUCGAUACCGACAUGGAAAUGGAUAUGAAUGGCGAGAGGCAGAAUAUCGGAAAAACUAAAUCAAGAAGUGAUUCACCUUUGGCCGGUGCUGUUGCUGCGGGCCAGCUACAACCACCAAAAACACCCGGCGCCCUCGAUGAGGCCACUGUCGAUGAUGUCUUGCCAAAUGAGAUUUCCGCACCAUACGAAGUUCCACAAUUUCCCAUUGAGCAGAUUGAAAAGAAACUACAAAUACAGAGACAACUUAAUGUCCGUGCCAUGACCGAUAAGCAUUCGAUACAGGGUGACACAACCGAUGAUACCAUAAAUGUCUUGGAUCAUGAUUUGAUACCAAAUUUCCAACGUGUCUCCAUUUCCGGUGAGGAUACCAGCGGUGUGCCUUUGGAAGAUUUAGAAAGAGCUUCCACUCUCCUCAUCCAGGCACUGGAAAUGCGUUCACGCUACAUGUCCAUCUCGGAGCAAUCGUUUCCCACUACCACUCUACGUUUCCUGAAGACCGUACACGAAAGUGAUCGUUUCAAUAAAAUCCAAUACGAAGAUCGUAAAUCCAUUGCCGAAUUAAUCCGCAAGAUCAGUCUACCUAUGAUCCAUUUUCCACCCAGAGAUCAUCCCAUUCACCCACCAACGGAGACCAGCGAUCCCUGGGACAUUGAAUUUCCAACCGAUAAGAAUUACAGCAUUCGUGCCAUUGAUGGUGUCUACAAUGUUUUUCUCAAUGAGGAUUCCCAAGAGCCCAUGAUCCAGAAUUAUCCAAAACUUAAGGACUUCUGCAAUGACAUGCAAAUCAUGUGCAACAUGAUUGCCGAUGGACCCUUGAAAUCAUUUUGUUAUCGCCGUUUAUGUUAUUUGUCCUCCAAGUUCCAGUUGCAUGUCUUACUCAAUGAACUGAGAGAACUGGCUUCUCAAAAGGCCGUGCCACAUCGUGACUUCUACAAUAUAAGAAAAGUUGAUACCCACAUUCAUGCCGCCUCGUGUAUGAAUCAAAAACAUUUACUGCGUUUCAUUAAAAAGACUUUGAAAAAUAAUGCCAAUGAAGUGGUGACGGUGACCAAGGGACAGCAAAUGACAUUGGCCCAAGUAUUUCAGUCCAUGAAUUUGACAACCUAUGACUUAACUGUCGAUAUGUUGGAUGUACAUGCCGAUCGUAAUACCUUCCAUCGUUUCGAUAAGUUCAAUGCCAAAUAUAAUCCAAUUGGUGAGUCACGUUUGCGUGAGGUAUUCCUGAAGACGGAUAACUAUUUGAAUGGCAAAUAUUUUGCGCAAAUUAUAAGGGAAGUGGCAUUCGAUUUGGAAGAAUCUAAAUAUCAAAAUGCUGAGCUACGUUUGUCAAUCUAUGGUAAAUCUCGUGAUGAAUGGAAAAAAUUGGCCAAAUGGGCCAUUGACUAUAAUGUCUAUUCCACCAAUAUACGCUGGCUCAUACAAAUUCCACGUCUUUAUGAUAUUUUCAAAUCCAACAAAUUGAUGACAUCGUUCCAAGAUAUUUUGGAUAACAUCUUCUUGCCAUUGUUCGAGGCCACAGCCCAACCCAGCAAACACCCGGAGUUACAUCGUUUCUUGCGUUAUGUCAUUGGUUUCGAUUCGGUCGAUGAUGAAUCGAAGCCAGAGAAUCCCUUGUUUGAUGGUGACAUAACCACACCACCCAAAUGGACAGAUGAUGAGAAUCCUCCCUAUGCAUACUAUAUUUAUUAUAUGUAUGCCAAUAUGGCUGUUUUGAAUCAGUUUAGAAAGGAACGUGGCCUAAAUACCUUUGUCUUACGUCCCCAUUGUGGUGAAGCUGGUCCGGUGCAACAUUUGGUCUGUGGCUAUCUAAUGGCGGAGAAUAUCUCCCAUGGCUUGUUGCUGCGUAAAGUACCUGUACUACAGUAUUUAUAUUACUUAUCUCAAAUCGGUAUUGCCAUGUCGCCGCUGUCGAAUAAUUCACUUUUCCUUAACUAUCAUCGUAAUCCAUUGCCGGAGUAUUUGGCACGUGGUCUCAUUGUGUCGCUAUCAACUGAUGAUCCCCUACAAUUCCAUUUCACCAAAGAACCCUUGAUGGAAGAGUACAGUAUUGCCGCACAGGUGUGGAAGUUGAGCUCAUGCGAUAUGUGUGAAUUGGCACGUAACAGUGUUCUGAUGAGUGGUUUUCCACAUAAGAUGAAACAACAUUGGCUGGGACCCAACUAUACCCGGGAGGGUGUUGCCGGCAACGAUAUAACACGCACUAAUGUACCCGAUAUACGUGUGGCCUAUCGUUCGGAGACCUUGCUCGAUGAACUUUCCAAUAUAUUUAAAGUUCAUCAACAUCCCCAUAUGGAGGAAAGUCCUUAGACACCAGGCACCACAACGGAAAUCUACUGUGAAUUAUGAAGAAUCAAUAAAUCUAUUAACCAAUCAACCAACCAACCAAAAUUCAUAGCCGAAUAUGUCUCUGAAUUAUUUGUUGUGUUACAAAUGUGCGAAUUUAUAUAUGUAGCUUUUUUUGUAUAUAAAAAACACAAAUUACAAAUAUCAUCACCCAGCUAUUGAUGGUAUUCAGUUAUAUCCAUAAAUUUUCUAUCAAGAUGAACAAGAAGAGGAAGAAGUUUCGAAAUCAUUGACUGCUGGACCAUGCAUAUUUACUUAAAAAAAUCACAUCUUCUAAAUUAAUACAUAAAAUAAUAAUAAUCAUGUUUUCUUUUUUGUAUUCUCGUUUCUAAUUUGUUUUGUUAAGCCAAUAACAAUAAAAACAAAAUUAUAUAUUAACAAAUUAAAAAUAA